CAAAGUCGACCCUUUCUGUUUCUCUGUUCCAAUUGUCGACUUUCUGCUUCUAUCCCCCCCCCGGAAACUGGGGGGAGGGGGAUGGCUCCCCAUCUUGUCAGUCACCAUGGCACUGCCCACCGUUCGUGCUCAUAUACUUGCCCUCCCCAUCCGCAUCCGCAUCCUCAUCCUCAUCCUCAUCUUCCCACCUCCCAACUCAGCACCCCCGCACGAUAUCCAGCUCUGGACUACCGCACCCCAAGACCGAACGAUCCUGCCUUCGCCAUGGUCGCAAGAAACUAUUCCAAGGCCAAUGCACAACUGCCUCAAACCUCGCCGCCGAAUCUCGCACGCCUGAAUAACGGUAUUGAACGUCGUUAUCCCAAACCGAAGAUCCAACAUCCUCCCGAAUAUUACAAGAAUCUGAUUAACGAAUACGAUAAUACGACCGUAAAACACAAUUAUGCCGGUACUACUAAAGACAACCUCCAAGGCAUCGUUAACAAGUUCAGCAGGUUUUGUACUUAUAUGGGUGAGGACUGGCGUACUGUGAUCCGGACCUGUUCCAAGGGGACUACAAUAGUAUUCCUCAUUCAUAUCUGCAAGGUAGAUCGGGUAAAGAAGAAGGAGUUUGGUCUACCAAUAUUAUCUGCAGCUCAAAAUGCUCUAUAAUUAGGAGAACGGCCGCCACAUGAAUACUAAUAACGCCAAAGAGGCUCUCGCAUAUAUCUACGGUAAGUUGACUACGGACUUUGAACUCGAUAUUAUGAUCAGGGAGAAGCCCGUCCUCGGCAUCGACGACCUCUAUCUCUUACUCAACUAUUACUGGAUAUGCGACACUUCUACCUUCCCGACGGAGCGGUACUGCGUACAAUUCGCACUAAUCCUGCUUCUCCUCUUUACUACUGGAUGCCGACCUGCGGAGCUGGUUAAUGCAAAGAAGAAGAAGAAGAAGAAGCGGAUUCCUGGCCUUAACGAUAAUAAAACUUGCACUAAUAAUACGGACGACAAGGGCUUUAAUAAUACUAAAGCUAGCACUAAAGCCGACUUUACCUUUAAUAGCAAU